AUGCCUUUAAACGUCUUCCGAAUCUUGGGAGACUUCUCCCAUUUAGCCUCCAUCUUGAUCCUCCUGCACAAGAUGACAGAGCUCAAUGGCGCCUCAGGAAUAUCUUUCAAGUCCCAAGCUCUUUAUUUAGUCGUCUAUAUUACUCGUUAUUUAGAUCUCUUCAAUACGACCAGCAUCUACAACAUUGUCUUCAAGAUCCUCUUCAUCGGCAGCCAGAGUUACGUUAUCUACUUGAUGACGACCAAGUAUAAGCCGACGGUCGACCCCAAUCUCGAUACCUUUCGUGUACGAUACCUUCUAGGCGGUGCUGCGGUUCUUGCUAUCCUCAUGCCGUACGAGUACACCUUCUCCGAGAUCCUAUGGGCAUUCUCAAUCUGGCUGGAGUCCGUUGCUAUUCUUCCUCAGCUGUUCAUGCUGCAGAGGACUGGCGAGGCCGAGGUCAUUACGACUCACUACCUUUUCGCGCUGGGCAUCUAUCGAACUCUCUACAUCCCCAACUGGAUUUACCGGUACAUUACCGAGCCCAAGCACAAGGUCGAUUGGAUUGCUAUCGUCGCCGGCCUCAUCCAGACUGUACUAUACAGCGACUUCUUCUGGAUUUACUACAACAAGGUGCUCAAGGGCAAGAAGUUCAAGCUGCCCGUGUAA